AUGGCUAAUGAUACUAGUGUUUGUUCUGGAAUUGGUACAUGUGUCUAUGCAAAUAAUUGCUCAUGUUGGAAUUCAACUUUUUGGGGAGGUCAAAAUUGUGACAUUCACAAAUGUGGAAAUGUUUUGGCAAAUUCUCCAAGCGUAUGUUCAGGAAAUGGAAAUUGUCUAGCACCUGGAGUUUGUAACUGUACCGAAAUGUAUGGUGGUUCCAAUUGUAACGUUCCUAAAUGUUCGAAUAUUUUGGCCACUAGUCCAGAAGUUUGUUCCUAUUCGAAAGGUCGAUGUGUUUCUCCUAACAAUUGUUCAUGCUCUGAAGGAUAUCAUGGAAGUAAUUGUGAAUUAGUUUCUUGCUUUGGUGUCAAGAACACUAGUUUGAAUGUUUGCUCAGGAAAGGGAGUUUGUCUCUCAUUGAACAAUUGUACAUGUCAACAAGGUUUCUAUGGAGAAAAGUGUCAGUAUUACGAUUGUUUCAGUGUAAGAAAUGAUAAGAAGGAUGUUUGUUCAUCACAUGGUAAUUGUUCCAAUAUCGAUACAUGUAAUUGUACAAAACCUUACUAUGGAACAAACUGUGAAAAAUUUGAUUGUUAUGGAAAGGCUCAAGAUUCGAUUUCAGUUUGUUCUUCAAGAGGAUUCUGCUCAUCACUUGAUAACUGCACAUGUCAAGAAGGAUAUUAUGGAAAAGAAU